GCCCGCACACGCGGCCCCGCCGCCGCCGCCGCGCUGCGCCUGCCCCGCGCCCUGCCCCGCCGGAGAGCCGCGGACAGACACGGGACAGACGCAGGACACCGGACAGCCCCCGGACACCGGACAGCUUCCCGGAGCCGCCCCCCGGACACCGGACAGCCCCCGGACUGCCCCGCUCCUCCCCUCCCGCCGCGGCCCCGCGCCCAGCCGGGCCAUGGAGCAGCACCUGCGGCGCCUGCGGCAGGAGCUGCUGUCCAUGAAGGAGGUGGGUGACGGGCUGCACGAGCAGAUGAACUGCAUGAUGGGCGCCCUGCAGGAGCUGAAGCUGCUGCAGGUGCAGACGGCCCUGGAGCACCUGGAGCUCUCGGAGCAGCGCCGCUGCUGCAGGAGCAGCACGGGGACGGGGCUGGGGGAUGCCCAGGGACACUGCCCCCCGUCCCUGGCGUGUCCCGUGCCACAGCCAGCCAGCCUGUGCCAGCCUGCUGCGUCCCCAGAGAGCCACCAGCCCCAGGACAGCCCCUGCUCCUCGCAGAGCCUCUGCAGGGACGGUGUGUGCCCCCCUAAAGGACCUUCCUGCGUGCCCCGGGCACCAGAGCCCAGCCAGGGCACGGCUGGGGCAUGGGCACCGUGCCAGGAGUGCCCGGGCUGUGACGAUGGCCACGACUGGACCUCGUCCCUGAUGUCGCAGAGCAGGAACCGGCAGCCGCUGGUGCUGGGCGACAACAUCUUCGCAGACCUGGUGGGCAACUGGCUGGACCUGCCCGAGCUGGACAAGAAGGGCGACAAGGGCGAGGCCUCCCUGUCCCUGAGCAGGUCCCAGGAGCUCUGCAGGAAGUUCUCCCUCACAACAAACAUCUUCAAGAAGUUCCUGCGCAGCGUGCGGCCGGACCGCGACAGGCUGCUCAAGGAGAAGCCCUGCUGGCUCCCGCCCGAGGACAAACAGCCCCACAUCUCCAAGAGGUCCAAAAAGAUCAGCAAACUCAAGGGCACGUUUUACCUGCCCCUGCACGGCAACCUGCAGAGCCACCACAGCAAGGCAGAGAGGUGCCCGAGGGCAGAGGGCCGUGGUGAGCACCCCAAGGGGGGCACCAGGAAAGUGCCCGAGCCCAGAGACUACAGCCAGGCUGGCUUUGACAUCAACACGGCCGUGUGGGUGUGAGCCUGCCCUGCCCAGCCUCUCACAGCCCUGCUCUGCCCAGCAUCUCCACACCCACCGCCAGCUGGAGGCCGCCCACCUGCUCAGGGACUCUGACAAGAGAGGAUCCUGCAGAAAUGCUGCACACGGAAUUUUCUGCACAACUCCAGCUCCAGGGACUGCCUGAGCAGCAGCUCCUCGUGGGGAGACCUUUGGGGACCAAUAUUGGCAAAAAUAAUGCAGAUCUUUAGCAGCUUUAGGGUGAGUGGUGCCACAGGUAAUUAGCUCCUGGUGCCAGGCCCAUUCCAUCAUCUCCAGCUCAAUGGUGCAGCACAAAAUCCAUGGUGUGCAUGUGUGUGUAUGAGUGUGCAAAUAUAUAUAUAUAUAUAUAGUUUUGUUAAAAAAAUCUAUUCCUGCUUGUGUGCACUUGAAACUGGGUUACAAACCUGGCAUCCCAAGCCUUGUACCUGAAGCACUUGUUAUUUAAAUGGAAAGAAAUAAUUUGAAUUUAUAAGACUUGAACAAUUGCUGAGUGGGGGCCAGACCCCCAGCUUUGGGGGAGUUUCUCCUUAAUCUGUGUCCCUGGUGCCCUGCCAGCAUCUCUCCCUCCCCUGCCAGUCCAACCAGGGGGCACAAGGCUCCUUACAGGGGUUUGUGACCGGGGGUCUCGGUGGGUUUGCCCCUUCCCCUUGUCCCUGUGGAUUGUUGCAGGUACAGCACUGCUGAAGUUCACGGUUGGAUUUUCUCCCAGAUGCAAAGUUCGGUGCCCCAUCUCGUGUUGUGUUCCUGUUGCUGUUGUACAAACCCUGCUGUGACAGAACCAAGUUCUUCCGUGUCCGACUCUCUGAGAGUUUCCAAUAAAGUGGGAUUGUCUCACUCUGCU